UCAGAUAUGACUAAUUGUUUUGAGUGCCCAGAAGAUCAAUAUCCAAACAGUUUCCAAGAUUCCUGUAUCCCAAAAGAUAUAACUUUCUUAUCCUAUGAAGAACCACUGGGGAUCAUUUUAACUGUUCUUGCUCUUUGCUUGUCAUUCAUCACAAUUUUAGUGCUUCUAAUUUUCAUUAAAUGUAGGAACACUCCUAUUGUCAAAGCCAACAACCGGAACCUCACCUACAUUCUUCUUAUUUCCCUCCUUCUCUCUUUCCUUUGCACUUUGCUAUUCAUUGGCAGAUCUCAGAAGGCCACCUGUCUUCUUCGGCAAACUUCUUUCAAUAUUAUCUUCUCAGUGGCUAUUUCUUGUGUGCUUGCUAAAACCAUCACAGUGGUUUUAGCUUUUCUGGCCACCAAGCCCAGCUCCAAGAUGAGGAAAUGGGUGGGAAAGAGAUUGGCUAACUUUAUUGUUCUUUCUUGCUCCUUUAUUCAAACCACUAUUUGCACUGUCUGGUUGUCAGCCUUUCCCCCCUUCCCAGAUUUUGAUAUGCAUUCAGUGACCAAAGCAAUUGUACUUGGAUGUAAUGAAGGCUCAGCUCGCAUGUUCUAUUGUGUCCUGGGCUUUAUGGGCUUCCUGGCCAUGGUCAGCUUUACAGUGGCCUUCUUAGCAAGGAAGUUACCUGAUAGCUUCAAUGAAGCCAAGUUCAUCACCUUCAGCAUGCUGGUCUUCUGUAGCGUUUGGUUGUCUUUUGUUCCAACCUACUUAAGUACCAAGGGAAAGUACAUGGUGGCUGUGGAGAUUUUCUCUAUUCUCAGUUCCAGUGCUGGGUUACUGAGCUGCAUCUUCUUCCCCAAAUGCUACAUUAUGUUGUUGAGACCUGACUUAAAUAAUAGAGAACAGUUAAUAAGAAAUAGGAAGUCAAUAAACUGA